AUGGCGUUCCUGGACGCGGGCGACCUCUUCGCCUACUACGACCGGGCCGGCACCGGGGUGCUGGGCAGCGCGGAGUUCACGGCGGCCCUGCGAGCAGGCGGCGCGUGCCCGAGCAGGCGAGACGUGGAGGACGCCCACUCCAGCGGCCGGCCGCUGGACGCGGCCAACUUCCGCCUGACGCUGCGGGCCCUGCAGCAGCGGCGGACGUCGCCGGCGCUGCUGGCGGAGCGCCUGGCCGCCCUCGCGGACGAGAUCCCGCUGGACGCGGCCGGGCUUGAGCACGUGGCCACGUCUGUGGGCGGCGAGCCGCUGGAGGGCGCUGAGCUGGACUUGCUUCUUCAGCUGGCGCCCGUGGGCGCGGACCCGUGCGGCGCAGUAGAUUUCGUGAACGAUAUUGACUUGGUCAAGUGGAACAAUCACGUACAGGUCAUGCCACGAGGCUGCUAG